AUGCACAUCAAGGCAAGUGUCACGGCGCGCAGCCCCCGCAGCAAAGGCUGUCUCAUGUGCCGUCGCUCGAAAGUGAAGUGCAAUGAAGUGCAUCCGCAGUGUAGUCGCUGCGCCCGUCGGGGCACCGAGUGUAGCUAUCCUGAUGCCCUAGAGCUCGAUUUUCGCGAUGAGAACAGCAAAGCAGCAGCCCGCACCGCUGCUCUCUGGCGGACACGGACUCAGGCGGCAAGACUGUUACAUGGAUGCAGCGCUCCAAGUCGCACCUUGGAGGAUCUUCAAGACCAGAUUCUAGCGGCAUUCUACCGAGAUUUCGACUGCAGCGCCAAGGUCUCCAACCCUUGGAUUGAAUUCUUCCAGAUGCUACCCACCCUUUAUCGCCGAUCAGCCAGGCAUCCCUCCUCCCCCACCCGCCAGGCGAUCCGGGCCCUAGCUCUGGCCCACCAUUCGCGUCAGCAGCAGCAGUCUGUCCCACAGUUGGAGAUUAUGGCGCGGACCGAGUAUUCCCAAGCCAUUACUCAAAUCCGGCUCCAACUGCAGCGAAGUCACGGGAUUCCAAGCACGGAGACUGUUGUCUCGGUUGCGCUAAUGGGGCUUUUCGACUCGAUCCUCCCCAGUCCGGCCCCAGUGGAAUCCUGGCAUGCGGCCCACCAGCACGGAGCUAUUUCCAUGGUCCGACAGCAAAUCGCCUCUCCCACCUCGGCGGCCAGCAUUAAUCCUUAUCUUCUCAAAUAUCAGUACUUGCUAAUGGUAAUAAACUGCUUAAACCAACGAUCACAGCCGCAGCUUCCAUUACAAUGGUGGACAGCGGUCAUGGACCCGGAAUUCUCAGCCGCCCGUCUUUUCUGUACCAUGUAUCGGCUCGCACAGUGGCAAGCCGAGAUUGACUCGUACAUUGUUUACUCCAACCACCACGCUACGGCUGACAUGGUCGACAAAUUACUCGCGGCCAAUCAUGCACUGGAAGCGUGGGAAGCCCAACUCCCCCUAAGCUCUCACUUCUCCGAGCGGGAGGUCAGGGCCGACGAUUCGCAAAUCCUGCAAUGGCCCGGCGCCCCGUCCCGGGUCUACGUCUACGAGACCAGCUGGAAUGCCGUGCCCCGCACUUUCUGCUUCGCAACGAGGAUUGUGAUUUGUCAAAAUAUACUGCUGUGUCGCGGUGAUAACGAGGAUGCGGAGCGCACUAUUGUGGAGAUGAUCCGACACAUCUGCCGGAGCACCCACGCUGUAAUUAGUGGCAGUGGUGGCAGAAACGACGCGGAAGAAGGGCUGUCGAUGCGCGGACGGGCGAUUGUGUGGCCGCUAAAUGUUGCCUUCUCCGCGCUGCAACACAACCCGAGAGUGUUGGAGCAGGUGAGCUUGGAGUCUGCCCAGUGGACACGAAGAGCUCUUCAGCAUGUGCUGAGGCUCUCUGGGAGCAGUUUGGCUCUGAACAUGGAUUACAAGACAGGAUAG